AUGCCGUCCAACUCUCGCGAUGACAAGUCCUCCGGAGGCUUUCAUCAGGAGUAUAUCGCGUCUCUGCGUUACCGAAAUGAUCUUCCUCCCCCGGACAUGCCCCCGAAGCUCCUCGAUAUUCCUCACGAAGGGCUGAGCCGUUUUCUUACUCCUGGCUUUGCAUCGAAUCUUGCCAGACGCGAGGAGCCUAACAUUGAUGUUGAUGCGGAGGGCGGCAUGCCCAUUGACCUUGUUGGCAUCCCAGGUCUGCAUCUGGGGGACGAGAGCGCCAUCAUGGCUCCUGAACACCCCCAACCAAUUGACCCGGCCGACCUACCUCUUUUGAUGACCCUCGACCAACUCCGAAACCCCGCGCCAAAGAACGUCAAUGUCAGUUUCCUUCGUCGCACCCAGCAUAUCUCUGUCGACCGCGGGGCAACGACUGCACUUACCCCCGCGAAAGCGCAAGCCCGAGCCACAAAGAAAGGAAAGACAUCGGUAGAUGAUCCGAAGCACGUUAAGAAGUUUAUUCAGAAGGGAUUCGAUAUUGCCUACCCUAAAAGCAAGCACACUGGCGAGGAUACAGAGAGUCACAUUCGGGGCCUUCCUGCCACAAAGGCGGAAACAGACGCUUGGGCGAGCCCAGUUCAUCCCGAAAACCCGAAGCUCAAGCCUGUUGGCUUCUUUCCCGUGCUCCCUGAUCUUGAAGGGUUCCCAGACCCUGGUGGCUACGUCCAGUUUAAGUUCGACAAAGCUCCUGUUUCCGGGCAUGCUGGCAAGCGUGACAAGAGAAUGGAUAUAGCUCUCCUCCGCCCUUCUGCACCCGAAGAGCGUAUCUGUCAAGAGCAUGCUUCUAAGCAAGCUCUUCACAAGGCCAGUCCCGAUAUCUACCCGGACCCCGGCCCCGUCCCUUGGGACUACGAGCUACUCCUCCCCGAGAAGAACGAAUCUGUCAGGAACAUCCGCGUUAGCAUGAACUUGAACGACCCGAACCGCGACAGCCAGGACCUUUAUACGCACGAGGGCCCCGAUGGAAACAAGUUUCAUCGCUAUGAUCGCGUUCGCACCUAUGCCACGACUGCUCAGACCCUCAGCAACGACCAAAAGCAGAGAGAUAUUGCUUUGACUCUUUACAGACCAGCCGAGGGUGACGACAAACAGCUUGCUGCUUAUUAUUAUCCCAUCAUCGGCAAGACGCGCCUCAAGCCCGAGCGCGCUCGUACCAUCGCCCAGGCUGGUUUGGCACCUACUGCCACACAGAUUCAGGAAGAUCGUGUCGACCAGAUGCAGGUGGUAGUUCGUGAUCCCGAUGAUGCGGAGAUGUACAAGCGAUCUUUGCACCGGGCGAAUAUCGACCCGAAGUUCGCACAAACUCUCCCGUCACCUCCAGAGCCUCCUGUCGAAGACGAUGCCUCACCGGAGGCAGAGGAACCAGCUGAGGAUGACCUUCGUGACACAGUGGACGAUGAACAAAUGAGUGACGAGUAA